UUUACCUGUAUGUCAUGAAAGAAAAUUUGUUGUAGAAAUCCGACGUGAAAGUUUGUUCUAUCUCAAAAAUGUGGAAGAAAACAUAACAUUUGAAUAUUAUACAAGACUGAUAGUGUCCACAUACAUUUUAAAGUAUUGAAAAUUAUUAUACAUGAAGAUGAGCAUAUUCUAAAUUGUGUUUUGUCCACCCUUUCCCCAGGCGUUUACCAGUUUACUGAAGAGGAAGAUGUCAUCUGAUGGUUUAAGGAAGAGAAAAGAGGAGGCAUGCUCCGACAGAUAUAUUUCAACCAAGAAAAAUGAACAGAGCAUUAUUUAUUCGAAAGAGACGACCAAAACAAAUGCAAAAAAUGUUGACAAUAGAAAAACUGAAGAUGAAAAUGAAAGUUUUAGAUCUACUGAAAGAAUGUACUUUCUGUUGUUAUCACUGUUUACUAUUUUUUCCAUUAUUACAAGAUUUUAUAAUAUUGAAAAUCCAACACAUGUGUGCUGGGAUGAAACUCAUUUUGGAAAAAUGGGAAGUUGGUAUAUAAAGAGGACUUUUUUCUUUGAUGUUCAUCCUCCACUUGGAAAGAUGUUGAUAGCAUUGUCUGGUGUUUUGACUGGCUAUGAUGGAGAGUUCCCAUUUGCCAAACCAGGGGAUGAGUAUGGUGAUACUAACUAUAUUGGUAUGAGAAUGUUUUGUGCCUUACUGGGAGGAAGUUUAGUGCCAUUAAGUUAUAUGUCUGUUUGGUUAUUGACAGAAUCUCUACUAGCUUCAUCUUUAUCUGCCACACUUAUAUUAUUAGAUGUUGGGACAUUAACAUUGUCAAGACAUAUUUUAUUGGAUCCCAUUUUACUGUUUUUCAUCAUGAUGUCUGUUUAUUGUUUGUUAAAGUUUUCUUCAUAUAGACAAGAAUCAUUUAGUAUUUAUUGGUGGUUUUGGCUGGCCCAGACUGGAAUAUUUUUAGCUUUUUCUAUUGGUGUUAAGUUUGUUGGUUUAUUUAUUAUAUUAUUUGCUGGAUAUUCUACAGCAGCCGAUCUAUGGUGCCUUGUAGGAGAAAAAUGUUUAAAUAUGGUGUUAAUUGUGAAACAUUUCCUAGCCAGAGUACUUUGUCUGAUCAUUUUACCAGCUAUUGUUUAUAUGAUGGUGUUUGCAGUUCAUCUUAAAAUAUUGAAUCACAGUGGUUCUGGUGAUGGUUUUUACAGUUCAGGAUUUCAGUCACAGUUGAUGGGUAACAGAUUAUAUAAUGUCAGCAUGCCUGAAAAUAUUGCCUAUGGAAGUGAGUUUACACUGAAGCAGAGGAGAACAGGAGGAGCCUAUUUACAUUCACAUUGGCACCUCUAUCCUGAAGAACAUCCUCCACAACAACAACAGGUUACAACAUAUGCUCACAAAGAUGAAAACAACAAGUGGAUAAUAAAACCAGCAGAUACACAGUGGACAAAAACAGACUCUCCAGCUCUAGUCAAGAGUGGAGAUCUUGUUAGAUUAGAACAUAUAGUAACGCAGCGACUGUUACAUUCUCACCGAGAACCAGCACCUUUAACAAAGAGACAUUAUCAAGUAGCUGGUUAUGGAGUGAAUGGUUCAGGUGAUGCUAAUGAUGUAUGGAUCCUUGAAGUGGUGGGAGGGUCUACAGGGGCUGUUGUACAAACAGUCAGGUCACAUGUCAGACUGAUACACUACCAUGUAAGGUGUGCUCUACAGUCACAUGAUAAAAAACUGCCAAAAUGGGGUUGGGAGCAGCUAGAAGUUACAUGUAACCCUAAUAUAAAAGAUAAAAAGACUUUAUGGAGUGUUGAAGAAGUAACAGAUCAAAGAUUACCUAAUGCCAGUUUUGAGUUAUAUUCCCCAAGCUUCUUGGAAAGGUUCAUUGAAAGUCAUGCAGUCAUGACACAAGGUAACAGUGGACUGAAACCAAAGGAAGGGGAGAUAACUUCUAGACCAUGGCAGUGGCCUAUAAAUUACAGAGGACAGAUGUUUUCAGGAAAAGAUCACAGAAUUUACCUGUUAGGAAACCCUGUAAUAUUUUGGGGUUGUCUAGGAUUAACUUUUGUGUUUAUAAUUGCAUAUUCGAUUGAUACAGUCAAAUCACGGAGAGGUUUGAAAAAUAAUAAAUACUGGAGAGCCUAUAAAGAUAGAAUGUUCAGUGCUGGAUGGUGGUUAUUUUUAGGCUGGAUGCUUCAUUACUUUCCAUUCUGGCCAAUGACUAGAGUUUUAUACUUCCAUCAUUAUUUCCCAGCAUUCCUCUUUAGUGCCAUGUUGUCAGGUGUUGUUCUAGACUACAUCUUGACUUGUUGUUGUAUAACAGUACCAGAACAGUUUUCUCUAAUUGUAUUCCAAGGUUGUAUAGCAGCUAUAUUUGCUGUCUUAUUUUGGAGCUUUUACUUGUUUUAUCCAUUAUCUUAUGGCAUGUCUGGUCCGUCAUCAAUGGAAGAGGGAAGUCCAUGGAGAAACAUAAAAUGGAUGGAAUCCUGGGAUUUAUAAUAUAUAUCCAAAGCCAAACAAGCAGACCUCAGAAGGAAGAUAUAGAUCAUGAAUACAUUAUUUAGAAAUAAAUGUAGAUAUUUUUACAUAUCAGAUCAUGUUUAUAGCGUUGUGUUAAUAAUUUAUAGUGCAAAAUUUCACAAGAACAAACCUUGCAAUCUUUACUUGUUCAGUACAUUUUCAAUUUUAUGUUUAUUUUGCUUUAUUAUAGUUUAAUAUUUCAUUUCAUUUCUAAGUGUUCUUAUCAAUGCAUGCUUUUCUUAAAAAUAUUUCAAGAUUUCAUGAAAAAGUUUCAAUGUCGAAAUCUCCAUAUUUUAAAAAAGAAGCCCACAUAGCUAUAUAACAUAUUUCAUAGCUGAUAGGUCUCCAUAGAAUCUGCCCUGUACAAGCUAGAUUUUAAUGCAUGACAUGUGGUGUUUAAAUUAAUGCCCUGCACCCCAAACAUACCCAUUUUAUGCAGGAUGACUCUUUGGUAUUUUGUAAACACUGACCAGUAGCAUUGUGAAUAAAGUCCAGACUAAAAUAGAAAAUUAUGAAUAAUAAUUGCACACUAGAAUAGUGAAAAAAAGUUGCAUACUAAAGUAGAAACUGUGGAAAAAGUUUAACACUAGAAUGGAAAAUUGUGAAAAAAUGUUGUACACUGGAAUAGAUUUUUUUAAGUUGCACACCAGAAUAAGAAAUUGUGAAAAAAUUGCACACCAGAAAGGGAUAUUGUGAAAAAAAGUUCUACACUGUAGUGCCUAACAAGAUUAUGUGAGGUAGACGAAAAGGACCUUAAAACGAUUGUAUUGAAUUUUGAGGUCCAAAAAUAGGCAGAUUGGACAUAUUUUGACUUUAUUUACUGACUACUUUUGUUUGGGAUUAAUUGGAAUUAUAAUAUUAUAAUGAAACUGAAAAAUGUUUUUUUUUUGUUAAGUCGAACAAUAAUUUUACCUGACGUAAAAUGUAUUUCAGUAUUUCUCUUUGAAAAAUGACUUGUUUAAUGGAAUAAAAGUUUGAUUUGUAAACUUUCCUUUCUUCUCCGGAAUAGGCUAUCAAAAAUAAUUUAUCUACUCUAUAUGUGGAAAAUUUUGUGAAAAUAUAAGAAGUGGUAAUUUUUACCUUUCAUACCUUAAGUUUCAUAGAUAAAAAAUAAUAUGGACUCGUCCAGUGUCUAGUUUGAAGGUCUUUUAAGUAACUGUACACGUUCAUGCAUGUUCUGAUUUAAUCAGUAUAUGUGUAUGAAAAAAUAAACAGUUUGAUGGUAAACUAAUAAUGACUGGUCCACAUCAUAACAAGUAAUAGGGGUAAACUGGAUAGGGAGAAAAUUACAGAUAUUUUAAGUUGAUUUUUUGCAAUAACAAAUAAAAAUUUGUCAACCAGAAGUUUGCUAUAAUAUCAAAAACAUGUCAUUCUGUAUUGGUAUAGUUUUCGGAUCUUUCAUUUGCGUAUUUAAGGCAAUAGAAAGUUUGGGCUACAUAAUUAUUGACUUUAUACAGAAAAUUCGCAUUUUUAAAACAUUCAAUGUUCCACAAAUAAUACAUGAAUACGAAGUAAAAUCAUUUCUUAAAACACACUAUAGAAGAGAAAAAUGUGUAUAGUGUAACAUAUUGCUCAUAAUACAGGUUGUGAAAGAAAGCAAGAAUAUGUACAGUAAAUAGAAUGUAAAUAAUGUGUUUUACCUGCUAAAAAUUUGAUAUAUAUGGAUUUACAUCAUUUUUUUAUAGAUUCAUCUUCACUAUUGGGUUCUCAUCAAUUGGUUGACGGAGAGCGUUUUAAUUUUAUUUGUGUAAUAAUGUGGGUAUUUUCUGGCUAAAGAGGUGGAAUGAGUCAAUGCCAUUAAUAUUUUGUUACCAUCUUUUUUAAAAUUGUUUUAAAGACCUUGCAAUACAAUGAAUAAUUUAUCCCUACAACCUUUUAAUUCCUAAAAAGUCUCAUUUUGUAGUCUGGCACUGAUCCAGUAAUUAAGGUUAAUGGGGGCAUGAGUCAAAAGAUUUCAACAUGUUUUAUGGCAAAACGAUAUUUUCUUCGAUUUUAGGGGGAGCACACGUCAUGUAUAACCCCCUACCCAACCUGAAUCUGUCCCUGGUAGUUAUAUAAUCACUUUGUGCAUUGUAAAUAUAAACUGUUUAUUCUUUAUUCAAAGCAAAGGUACAGAAAAAUAGUUUAUCUAGAUUAACAAAGUUCAAUACAUGUAUAUGUGUUAACAAUGAUAAAAGAAGUGACAAAGAUCAAUGUCAUUCAUACCUUGAGAUAGCUUCAUACACAAUAGAUCAAAUAAAUUAGUUAAUAUGUUGUAUGUGCAUUUGAUAAUCAGAAUGUAAUUAUUUGUUGUUAAGAAUUUACAAUCAUGUACAGUAAAGUUAGCAUUACAGUUCUUCCAGUUAUAUAUGCUACAAUGCACAUUGUACUUAUUUAAAAAGAUAUUCACUUUAGAUCUUAAAUCUUAGAUUGUGUUAUAAAAUAUUUGAUUCUUUUUAAUAUUUUCAUAUUUAUACAUCUAAUGCACUAAAUUUUCGUCUAGAUUUGAUUUAAGAAAAAGAAUAGUGUCAUCUGUUUCAAACCAUGACAAGUAAUGGCAUUCCAGUAGAUUUGAUGCAUAUUUUUUACUAGGGAAAUUAUAAGUACAUGCUGAAGACAAAAUUAAUGAGAGAGGUGUUGUUCAUAAAGACAAACAGUGAGGUCAAAUAUGUAGUUGCUUCUCAUAUGUCUCUAUAUUUGGAAUCUCCAAUACCAUUUGAAAUCUGAUUGAAUUUUGAUGUUAUGUACUCUAUAGGGGUGGGAUAGGAUUGAGUUUGGUUGUAGCAUUCUUAGCUCAGUUGUAUCAUGCAUGAUCUAUCAUGUUUCAUUCAGCAUACACCUUUCUUUAUGAAAAUUAAAUGACUGGUAAUAAAUUUAAAUAAAACCUGUUUGAGAUCCAGUAGGAAAAAUGCAAAUUUUUAUGCCCCCGCCGUAGUGGAGGGGGUAUUAAGUUUUACCCUUGUCCGUCUGGACGUACAGACGGACGUACAUCCCAAAAUUGGUUUCCUUUCUUUAACUUGAGUUUGCCUCAACCAAAUGAUAUGAAACUUAUACACAAUGCUGAUUACCACAAAACCCAGGUCAAGUUUGUAUUUGGGUUGCAUCACUUUUACCAUUCUAGAGUUAUGCCCUUUACAAAUGGAAAAUUUGAUGAAUUUUUCGUUUCCGUUCUCUAACUUUAGUUUGCCUCAACCAAAUGUUAUGAAACUUAUACACAAUGCUUAUUACCACAAAACACAGAUCAAGUUUGAAUAUUGGUGGCGUGACUUUUACCAUUCUAGAGUUAUGCCCCUUUACAGAACGAAAAAUUGCUGAAUUUUUCGUUUCUGUUCUCUAACUUUAGUUUGCCUCAACUAAAUGUUAUGAAACUUAUACACAAUGCUUAUCACCACAAAACUCAGAUCAAGUACACAUUUGGGUAGUUGGGUAAUUUACAGUUCUUGAGUUAUGUCCCUUUAUAACGUUAUAUGCAAGCGGGGGCAUCAUCUGUGUCCCAUGGACACAUUCCCCAUUUAUUUUGUCAUAUUUUAUUUCUUACAUUCAUUCUUCAAAUGUUCAAUUACAUAUUGAAAAAAUGUUUAACAUAAAAUAAGAAAAUCAAUCUAGUCAUGAGGUAUAUAAUAUAUUGUCAUCUGUAUAUCUUUGCAGACUUUGGCCAUGAGAAAGCAACUUUUUGGCUGUAGAAGUAUGUGCUGUAAUUUUUAAAUAAACCAUAUAUAUUUAUUCAUUAUAUUUAUUUUAGUAUACAUUGAUAUUUAGGUAGAUAAUGAGCUAUAUUAUAGUACAAUAUUUGAAUCUUUACAUUUAAAACAUUUUAAGUAUGGAAUAUGCCUAAGGACUAAUUUAUAUGUAUUGGUUGGGUUUAAUCAUGGUUUGGUUACUAUAUUUAGGAGAAGAUAUCAAUUGGAGGUUUUUAAUGAGUAAGAUAGCCGUAUUUAUUUACUGAUAUGUACUUUAAUGAAAAUAUAACACAGUUGUACUUGUAUUUUUUAAAUUAAAGAAUUAGACCUUUCA